AUGUCUACUUGGGGCAACCCCGUCAUUCUCUCCUCUGAGUAUGUGCUCAGCCAGUACGGAGAAUCCCUUGCCGGCAAAACAAUUGUCGUAACCGGCGUCGCCAACGACUCCAUCGCAGGCGAACUCGCCGUCCAAAUCAGCGCCUACAAGCCCUCCCUCCUCAUCCUAACCGCCCGCUCCGAGUCCCGCGUCGAGCCCAUCGUCUCCAAGAUCAAGUCCAAGAACCCUGAUGUUUCCGUUCGCUUCCUGAAGCUCGACCUCUCCGACCUCAAGGACGUCCGAAGGGCUGUCAGCGAUCUCAACGACGUACCCAAGAUCGACCACUUCGUCGCCGUGGCAGGCGUCAUGGUGCCCCCCUACGGGAAGACGGCCGACGGCGUCGAGUCACAGUUUGGCGUCAACUACCUGGCCAAUUUCUUGCUGGUCAAGGAACUGCUGCCCAAGGUUCGGGCUGCUGGGCCAAAGUCGUCCAUUGUUAUCUGCUCGAGCUCAGCUGUGCGAGGAGGUCAGAUCAACUUUGACGACGUCAACUACAAGGACGGCGAAGAAUACAACCCUCUUGCCGCAUAUGCCCAGUCGAACGCCGCCAGAACCAUCUUCGCCAAGUUUCUAGGCGAGAAGCUUAAAGGAGAAGGCAUCCGCGUUUUCAGCGUCGACCCUGGUGCGGUUGCAACCGGAUUGCAGCGCCACUUCGGAGGCGAGUUCCUCGACCAGAUCCAGGCGCUGCGCAACUCGACCGAACCAAUGCGCGACCUCGACGGCCGCCCCUAUAAAAUGCCUUCUUUCACCGGCACAUCCGAGGGAGCAUCGACGCUCAUCACCGCCAUGAUCGAUCCGACCAUCGAGGGCGCCCAAGGCGCCUACCUGUACCAAAAUACUGUUGGCGAUGACGACUUGACAUCGUUCGUCUUGAACCGAGAGAACUGGACCAAGCUGUGGGAGCUUAGCGAGAAGCUCAUCGGAGAGCCUUUCACCGUCUAG